UGCAGUCAGUUACAGCAGCAGAGAGAUCAGAGAGAUCAGUUGCUACUACAGAGUUGGAGUUGCUCUUCAGUAAUCAAGCACUGGUACCUGCCACCUGUGUGACAAACAGUCUGAACAUCCAGAACCUGGAAGCACAUCAUGGGAAACUGCACUUCAGGGAUAAAGAAGAAAAGGAAAGGGGAUUCUGCAGAUGAUAAAAGCAACACAAAUAAUAAGCCUAAUGAGGAUGUUACGUACGCCUCUAUUGACCACAGCAGUGCCCAAGGAUCGAGAAGAGUCAGAUCUACCACUGACAAUGAGUGUGACUAUGCCACAGUUUAUAUCCCAGCAGCACUUCAACCUGAAACUGUGUCUCAGUGCUCAUCUAAAGACGGAGGUGCAGAUGAUUAUGUACUUAUGGGGUAAACAGAAACAAGAGGAAAAGUUCAUCUGAGCUACAUUGUAAGAGGACUGGUAGAACAAGAGAACGUGUCUAAUAUAUUGUAAUGGUGUGCAAGAAGCUUAUAGUUGAACUGCCAAUCAAAGCUUGAUCUACAAUUAGGAAAAAAAGACAAAAUCAUUCACAAACAACAGCAGCUGUUUGUAAAAUUCAGCCCAGAGUAAUUUCCACUUCUGAGAUAACUCAAGCCUGAACACAGCUGUGAUGUUCCUUCCUGAAGAGGACAGACUUACAUCACAAAUGGCCUCUUUACAGAAGAAACUCAACCUCAGGAGAUUCUGAAGCCCUAAUGCCUGAUGUGCCUGGAUGUCCUGAAAUGUUUUGACAUUAGCAACAAUCUGGAAGUAGUAAGUUAAAGUCAACUGGACCUGAUGUUGCACUUGAAUAAUUUUUCCACUCAAGAGGAUUAAUCAGUUACACAGAUCUACCAAGACAGCAACAUUUCCAAAACAGGAAAUGCAGGGGCUUCUGACAUACGACUGCUUCUUACAUCAUAUCCUGAAUGACAGAGAAUCCUAAAGCCACUGUGUGUCCAUUUUUUAUGUGAUUAUAGCGCCUUUUAAAUUGGUCUUAUUGUAUAGCUUUUUAUUUACAGAUAUAAGUCAACAGACUCAGUAUAGUCAGAGUGUUUGCUCCUCAGAAUUGCACACCUCCUAAAUAUACUAUAAAUAGAUAUUUAAGCUUGAAAACAUCAAACCCACAACCUGAAUGACUCAAAAUCUUGGUUUAUUCAGCGACCUGAAUGACUCAGUAACUCAGGGGUCUUUCAGUAUUCAGUGUGUCGCUUUCAGUUUUCGGGGUCGCUGGCAUGCCUUGCUGUCUGUGACAGUGUAUUUGUUAAUACUUCCACCAGAAGUAACCAAAGUCAGAAAAGCUUAACUUAGAAAAUGGAAAAUUUCAGCUGCCUAGACUGGCUUUUACAAAGUAAAUGUGUGUCCAAUUUGUGCCACUGCCACAUUAUCCAGUUCAUGAUGGAGAAUGUCAUUUUUAUAUAAUUUGUGUCCACACAGCAUUUUAGAGUUUUUGCUCCUGAGAAAUACUGCAGACCACCCGGAUAUUUAAGGCUGAAAAAUUUAUAUUUUUUUAUGGAUUGUAUAUGUAUGCAAGGCCUGUAUCUAAUUACAAGAUUAUUUAUCUGUUUGGUUAGGUGGUAUAGUAAUAGUAGUAGUACUGUGAGUUACCUUUCUUUCAUUGUUGAUCUUUUUUUAAUGAUUAAAAGGUUAACAAGUACCACUUUUGUUCAUUAUUCUGUUGUAUCUAUAAAUAUGUAUAGGUAAACUAUUUAAAUCAUGGUAAUAAUUUCUGAAAUUUAAAGUCAGAUUUGUAAUGAAAUUCGUUGUUAAGAAUCUCAUUAAAAGAUUGUAAGACUAAAUGAAAUCGUUUCCCCUUUUUCAUAUGUACAACUUAAUAUUCAGUGUGAGGGGAAGAUAAGCUAUAGUUGCUGCAGCCUAUGAUUUAGUAUCAGAUUUCACGUGUUAGCCUGGUCUCCGGCUGUGCACAAGGCAGUGACACUUCUAUAAAAAAAGGUACCAAUAAU